CGGAAGGGAAGGUGUUAUUGUCUCUUGGAUUUAAUUCUCAUAAUUUGACCUUCGACUCUUGCUUGCUCAAAUCCCAUAUCCUUUGUAUACAAAAUAUUGUUUUUUGACAAAACACGCUGUUUCGGCCUCUUAUGACUGGAAAUAAGCGCGCAAUUAUUUCUUAAAUCGUUUUAAGACUUGGACCAAAAGGGAAAAUGGUAAAUUACAAGAAGUUAAAAAAAUUGCUCAUAUGGAGUUGCAAACAAAAUAAAAAGGUGGGCAGUCAGUUGCCCACAGCAACCAGAAUGGCCGAGUUAGAAGAAAUCGAACCAGUUCCGUCCAUACUAUUGCCUUGCAGUUCAUGUACUCGUACAUUCCGUCCAGAAGCUUUAGCGAAACAUGCUAAAGUUUGUGAAAAAACAUUGAUGAAGAAACGUAAAAAGUUUGACUCGGCCAAACAAAGACUGCAAGGGACUGACAUAUUGAAUAUUCCAUCUACUUCCAAAAGCGGUAAAAAAGAAACUCCUGUCAAGAACGUAGUGCAGUCGAAGUGGAAAGACAGACAUGCUGACUUAGCCAGAACACUGCAAGCUGCCGCCAGGAAGAAAAGCGACCCUACUGUCCACAUUAAGCCAUCUGACCAUGAGCAGUGUCCCCACUGCGAGCGAUAUUUUGGCCCAAAGGCAUACGAUAGGCACACUGAGUGGUGCAAAGAACAACAGAUAAAAAUUAAAAAUUUUAGUAAUGUACAAAAUGAGGCUAGGGAAAGAUUGCAAGUUCGAACUAAGUACCGAGCUCCUCUAACUAGCAAAGUUUUAACAAGAGAUAAGUAUUUGCCGAGAAGUAGAGAUCCAAGUCCAAUGAGUGUACCGAAAAUUACAGAUGAAGCCCAGAAGUCAAAAAUGGCGAGUCCUUUGGAAAGAUCAAGUUCCUUGAGAGUUAGUGGCAGGUCGAGAACGGUUGUCGUAAAAAACCCUGUCACAUCUCCUAGAAUUCUUAAUGAGAAUAAAAUUACUCAUACUUCCUCUAUAAUUGACAAUCGAAAUGAGUCUAUGAGUGCUUCCUUACAUGAAAAAACAAAGCCGAAAAUGUACCCAGAGGCGACCCCUAAGAAGAAGAUGUUGGUGCCACCAAGAGUUACUGUACCAAGAAACAGACGUAUAAUUAAAGGGCAAUCUGGAUUUAAGCUGAACGAUACUCAGGUUAACCAUGAAAUUGAAGAACUGUAUGUUUCUUCGUGUGUCAUACAUGAACCAGCUGAAAAAGGUCCCUCAGAUAAUAAUCUUAGAAUCCAAGGAAUGGAAUAUUUAAAGGGAUCAGGCUACGUAAGUAGUGAUAGCAAUCUUUCAGGUAGCACCCAACAGAGCCCCACUUCGAGGUCAUACCUAGAUUCAUUUUUAGGGAGAAAGUAUAAAAGAAAAUUGCAACAAUUUUCUAAUAUCGAAACGAUAACUGCAAAUGAAAUUAAAGAUUUUGUAGAUAAAACGAUUGCCCGUAUUGAUGAGGAAGCAUCGCCAAAACCCAACGGCGUUGUAGGUCAAGAAUCUUAUACAAUCAUUUCGGGAUUAGAUAUACCUUUAUCUGAACCAUCAACCUGUCUCUUGGAUGAAGAUGAUUUAGAAGAAAAUAAAGAAAUUGAUGAGUGUAUGGCUGAAACGAUAGAAUGUAAUUCUGAAAUAGAUACCAAAAUAGAAACAGGUAACACCACCAAAACGAUUAUUUCAUACACACUACCAUAUUGGAGGGACAGAAUUCUCAACUUUGCUGCUAAACAGUUUAUGCAGUUCCUUAGAUGGAAAUCAAAACAAAAAGCGAUAUCUUAUACUGACGAAUCAUGUUCAAAUAUGCAAGAAGAAAAUAAAGACACCAAUUUUCAAUGCACUGAAACACGGAUUGAGAAAGGUGAUAGUUUGCACGAACCAUCAACAAGUGGCAGUUCUUCAGCUGUGAGCCCGAAUGAAUAUAUUUUCCGUGCAAUGGGUAGCACUUUCUGUGAUCCUGAAUUUAAAAUUAUUGAUUCUGUGACAGAUGAUUCCUAUUUAACUUCUUCAAGCAGUAGUUCUUGUUCUUGCGAUUCUUGUAGAAGAAAUCAAUCCUAUAUGGUUAAGAUCAAUAAGAUAACAGAAGUAAAAGAUGCUUUUACCAACAUGGAUUUGUUCGAUACCUACAUAGAAGCUCAAAACAAUGCUGAGUCUGCAAUUUUGGAAAAUGCAAAAAACGAAAAUUUAGAUACAAACCCCGACUUGGAAACAAGACAAGAACAACAACAGUUCAAUGGAGAAUGUACUGAAACAUCAAUUUGUGGUAGCAAUGCCACUGUUAAUCAUGAUAAUACAAAUUCUGAGCAAUCAGAAUUGUGCUGUAAUAAAUGUUUGCACUAUGUUGCAGCAAACAUAGUUGAAGAAGUUGUCGCAACAGCUCAAAUGUACAGUCUUACAGAAAAAAAUGUUGAUUUUUUUAAUGAGCAUUCCGACUGUUUGAACGAAUGCGGAUCAGAAAACUUGGAAGAACAAGAGGAUACCAUAUUGAAAACAAUUAAGUGUGAUACAUCAUCUAACAUGGACAAGUCAACUAAGUCAGAACUUAUUUCAAACUUUGAUUUGUUAUCUACCAAAUCUGAUUGCAAUACAAAUAAAUCAGAAAACACGGUUCAAGAAAUUCUUCCAGAUUCAAAAACUUUACAAAAAGAACGUUCAAACAUAUCAGAACCGGAUGAUAUUUUUGAUUUUUGGGAUGCCUUAUUCGUCAAUAAUAAUGAUUCUGCACCACCUUCCAGUUUAAGUCAGGACAGCGUUAAUGAAUAUCUAGAGAGCCAAGAAAGAUUCAAUUUCGCCGAGGAUAUAAUGGCAACAAAAUUAUCCGAGUUUCUUUCACAGGAGCCUGAAAGUCCAUCUGGACAGCAUUCAUUAAGUUUCAUGGAUGAACUUAAUUGGAUGUGCAGGCCCGAAUGUAAGGGGAAAUUGAGCAAGACACUUGAUGCGAAGCUAGUGCAGACUGAUUUGACAUCAUUCAAUGAUAUAUUUUUUCAAAACUUGAAAAAAGGAGAGUUGAGAAAAUGCACUCAAGAUAAUGUUAAUAAUGUAAAUAAAAAUAAUUUAGUUACAUGGACUGAAUUAGCAAAGAAAGCAGUGACAAAUCAUUGCAGUUCUCCUAGCAGUGAGAGUACACAAAGCCUGGAUAGAGAUAGCCUAGAAUUUGAUAAUUGCUAUUUUAUAGGAGACAACGCAAAAACUAAAGAGAAAGUUGAAAAUAACAAAAAUAAGAAUUUUAUUAGAAAAGUCAUUAAUCAUAAUGAUAAUAAUAAUAUCGAAAAUAAAUCACUUAUGCCAAUCGACAGCCUUGAAUUUGAAUCAUUUGCUGAAGAUGCUUAUACAAGCUCUGAUUGGGAUUGCAGCUCAUCGAACUGGCAUGAAGAACGUGACAACUUUACCGUUCACAGAAAAAAAGUCAAAUAUUACGAGACAAUUGAAUACAAGCAGGACAUGGACGAUUACAAGACGGUAAAGACAAGCAUUUAUGAGCUUCCGCCUUUAAAAACUGUGCCAAAACUCAAUUCGUCGAAAGAUUCGCAUAAACAGUCCACGCCCCAGUACCCCCCGAAUUUAGAAUCGAGCAAUUGGCCACACCACCAUAGGGUUUUGGAGAAAAAUAGAAUGAAACGGAAAUCUGGUUGCCUGAGUACUAUAAAGUUACCACCCUUAAAGAAGCCAAGCAGCUCUUCCUGUCUGACGAGAGCGGCUGGAGAAGGUGACUCUUUGAAAACCGAAGGUUCACGGUUUUGCCAUGAAUGCGGUUCGAGGUAUCCUGUGCCUAUGGCCAAGUUUUGUUGUAAUUGUGGGAUAAGACGAAUUGCACUUUAACAAACAAACAAAAAAAAAGUAUAAAAAAAUAAAGAUAAAAAUGUAUAAAAACUGAAAAAACAGAAAAUAAUGUAUGUAUUUCAAAUACAGAAAUAUGUAUAUAAACAAAUGUCUUAGAACUUAAUAUUGUAAACAGCAAUUUAGAGUAUUUUUUACUAAUCAAAACUUCUAAUUUUUAAGGUAAGACCUGUUUUAUUCAUUUUUUUGUUUCUUGAUGAUCUGUGGUCAUUAAUAAGGUAUGAGACUAUUUUCUCAACUUGAAUUGCAAUUUCACUUUCAGUAUUAAAUGGUUUUCGUUUUUGUGCAAUUAAGGUAAGAACUAGUCAAUCAGAAACCAAAACAAUGAAUUUUGAUAAUGAAUCUUGAAGAUAUCUUAAUAAAAUACGCAAAUGUACUUUUACCUAUAUGUAUGUUUUGUUUAAAGGUUAAAUUUUAUUUUACAACAACCACUAACAUUUAAGACAAAUGCUAAAACCAAAAUAUGUAUAUAAUAAUUUUGUUUCAUCUUUCUCUAGUCUUAAUUGUUUCAUAUUUUUAAACUUUGUUACCAUAAUUUUUGCAUGGUUGUCUAUGACAUCGAAAUUUGUUUUAAUUUUCAAUGAUUACUUACCAUCUCACUACCCUGUACUUAAGUGAGUUACUUAAUUGUGGAUCAUAAAGACUAAUUAAUAUUAUGUAUAAGGAAAUAAUUUAAUGUGCAGUUUUAUUAUUUUCAUCAUCAUAAUUUAUAAAAGAAAAAAAAACAGUUUUAUGUUAUCAAUUAUAUAACUGUGAUAAUGUUUUGUAUAUUUUUAAUAUGAGUUACAUUAUUAAAAAUACUGCACACGUCAUGUAUUUGUAUGCAUAGACUCUAUAUACAUUAUAAUUUAAAGUAAAAUACAAACGUGCCUUUGUUGCUCAA